AUGAAAAGACCAUUCGAAACGAGGCUCCAUCACACCCGCUGGGCCGAGCUGUUCCGCAACAGAUCACUCGAAAUCAUCGCCGCCACGGCUAAGCAACCAGCCUUACAACCAAGUGUAAACUAUCUGCUUGGCCAAUGGCAAGGGUUCCCUUUGUGGAGCUUUGCCGAAACUGAGGCUCAGCUGCAGAUCAUCCUUCACGGACUAGACUUGAUGUUCAACAGGGCAAGAGCUACACUCGAUCGUACGCCUACCCGCCACGGCAACGUCAGGAAGUGUACAACUUACGUCUAG